AUGGUCCUCCACAUCACCCCUUACUCCAGUGCCUGUCUGCACUUCCUGGAUGGCUUGUCAUGGAGCCUGGUGUUCCCCUGCUACUGGCUCCUGGACCGGCUCCUGGCCUCCUGUGUAGCCACCUCGCUGGAGAAGCGACAGCGCUCCCAGGACCCCUGCUCCUUCCUCACCCUGUGUGUCCUGAUCGCCGCACCCCUCUACCUGCUCCUCGUCCUCGCCUCCCUGCCUUUUGCACUGCUGGGCUUUAUCAUCUGGGCUCCUUUGCAGGCCAUCCGCCAGCCCUACCUUUACACCUACUGCAGACCAGACAAGAGCCAGGCCGAGCAGGGCCAGGCAGGACCGGGGGGUGUCGGGGUUGGGGAAUGGAGGCCCCAGGGCAGGAGCUUCUGUUUUAGCAGCGCCAACGUUUGCCUGCUACCUGACUCGCUGGCUAGGUUCAACAACCUGUCAGACACCCACAGGAGAGCCUGUGAGGUGGGAAAGAGGAUCCGCAAUGGUGCCAGUCGGCCUCAGAUAAAAAUCUACAUCGACUCACCUACCAACACUUCAAUCAGCGCGGCAUCUUUCAGCAGCCUGGCCACAGGUUUCCGCCGUACCUCCUCUCUAGACCAUCGUCCAGACCAAACACAUACCACCAAUGGCCCAGCCGAUACUGAAACUGAAGUCCUCACCGAGUGCCCAAUUCACCCCUCAGGUGCCACGAACUGCCCUGUUCACCCUACUGUAGGAGACCAGGGGUCCUCUGAAUGCCCUCUUCACUCAGAUGGAGCAGACACUCCAGCAGACUGCCCCCUCCACACCGCGGGGGCCAACAACAGCUCAGACUGUCCCGUUCACAUCUCAGGGGAGGCUCCAGACUGCCCGAUGCAUUCCACAGGGCCCCAGAUUGGGUCAGGCCAUCACGACUGCCCCAUGCAUGGGGAAGGGACCCAGCCAAAACCUUCCUCAGACUGUCCUCUUCACACCUCAGGGGUUCAAAUCAGCAUCAGUGCCCCAGAGCCAGACCCUCAGGAGGAGGAGGCUGAGACAGGGAACCAUCGGCCUGGGGAGCAGGCUGGGGGAGAUACAGGCAGCAUGACUGCCUCGAGGGAAUCCCUUGCUCGUUACCAUGGAGGUGACGGAGGCGGAGUGAUAUCCUCCAACAACACCCUCUCUCACGUCCCACGCACAUCAAUCUUUAAGCGCCCAGGACGAAAACGCCGCCAUGGAGACGAGACAUUCGACCAUGAGAUCUCUGCCUUUUUCCCUGCCAACUUGGAUUUCCUGGCCCUACAGGAAGUGUUUGACCAUGGAUCGACAACUAGACUGCGGCGGCAGUUGCACCGCUACUUCCCCUACGUGCUAAGUGAUGUUGGGCGGUAUGGCUGGAAAGGCUGCUGCUCCAGGUUCAAAUUCCUGAACAGUGGACUGAUGCUGGCCAGCCGCUACCCGAUCCUGGAUGCACGCUACGAGUGCUACCCCAACGGGAGAGGGGAGGACGCAUUGGCAGCCAAAGGAGCACUGUUUGCCAAGGUUCACGUGGGCACUUCCCAUCAGGAGCAAAGGGUUGUGGGAUAUCUCACGUGUACACACCUCCACGCCAUAGAAGGUGAUGCUUCUGUGCGAUGUGAGCAGCUGGACCUGUUGCUCCAGUGGGGUGCCGAGUUUCGCCAAUCCUCAUCACAAUCACCUGAGGGAGAGAAGGUGCUGGAAGACCUGGUGGCCUUUGAUGUCAUCCUGGGAGACCUCAACUUUGACAACUGCUCUUCAGAGGACAAGCUGGAGCAGCAGCAUGCACUUUUUACUCAAUACAAGGACCCAUGUCGCCUGGGGCCAGGGGAGGACAAACCAUGGGCUCUGGGUACACUACUGGAUACCAGUGGCCUUUAUGAUGAUGAGGUCAGUUCACCGGAAAGUUUACAAAAAGUGAUGGAGAAUGAAGAGGGGAGGAAGGAGUACCUGGUGUUUCCUCCCAGUAAGAGCCAGUGUCCCGCCAGCAGUCAGAAGGGGAGGAAGAUCCCACUGAAGGGCAAUGGACGCCGGAUUGACUACAUCCUGUACAGCGAUGAGAGCCUGCAGCAGGACUGGAAACUGGAUAUCGAAGAGUUCAGCUUUGUAACCCAGUUGGCCGGCCUGACCGACCAUCUGUCUGUGGCCAUGCGAUUGGCUGUGUCCACCGGGGAAGAGGAGCCUUAGAUUGAUCACCUACGCUUUUAAAAUUUACUGCCAUGGAGGGAUGACAGACAACCAAGAGAAGAAAAAGAAAUGAAGAGUUGACAGAUAUGGAGCAGCUUGAGAGAGACACAAUGCAGUAUUGCGAGAGGGCUGAAAGGACAGCGAAAAAGGAUGGAAGAAUCAUUGCAUGAGCGUUCAGUUGAUGGAUGGAUAUAAAGGUGGUGGA